CGCAGCCGGAAAGGUGACAGUGUAGUUUGUUUAUCCUCGCGAGUUGGUGCAUUUCUGCUGGCUUUUUGCGUCUCCAGACUGAAAAAAUGGACAUUCUGAUCGCAAAUGUGGAGCACGUUGACUUUAAGAUCGAGAGGGAUCUCAAUGAGCAGUAUGGGGCGCUUCCGCUGCCCUUUCCCGGCAUGGACAAAUCCACAGCAGCGGUGUGCCAAUUCUUCAACGGUCGCGACGGCCUGGAGUGCGACAAGGGGGCGGCGUGCCCCUUCCGCCACAUCCGCGGCGACAGGACAAUCGUGUGCAAACACUGGCUGCGCGGACUGUGCAAGAAGGGCGAUCAGUGUGAGUUCCUGCACGAGUACGACAUGACCAAGAUGCCCGAGUGCUACUUCUACUCCCGCUUCAAUGCCUGCCACAACAAGGAGUGCCCCUUCCUGCACAUCGACCCCGAGAGCAAGAUCAAAGACUGCCCGUGGUACGACAGAGGCUUCUGCCGUCACGGGCCGCACUGCCGCCACCGCCACGUGCGCCGCAUUCUGUGCACCAACUACCUGGCCGGCUUCUGCCCGGACGGCAAGCAGUGCAAGUUCAUGCACCCGCGCUUCGAGCUGCCGCCGCCGCCCGAGAUCCCGCGCGAUCAGCUGCAGAAGCGCGCCCCCACGUGCCAUUAUUGUGGCGAGCUGGGCCACAAGGCGUCCUACUGUCAGAAGAUGCCGCAGGAGCAGCGCGAGGCGGUGCAGCGCCAGGACGAGAUGCGUUACCGCUCCAACUACAUGAGCCGCUCCUUCGAGGACGGCGCCACGCCCGGGCCGCCGCCGCGCGGCCCGCCCAAGCCGCUGGAGGAGAUCACGUGCUUCAAGUGCGGCAACAAGGGCCACUACGCCAACAAGUGCCCCAAGGGCCACCUCGCCUUCCUCUCGCAUCCGCACCAGCACUUCAAGAAGGUGUAA